ACUUCAUCGACUACCCUGAACGGGCAUGUCAAAAAAGAAUCGGACCAUACGCUAGCGGCGACAGGGACGUUCGACGUUGGUCAGCUGACGGAGGCUUCGAAAAAGUGGCUUCGGCAUCUUAUCGCCACGCUUAAUCUCAGCCCAAACGAAGUGAAACCACAGGAACUUAAUGCAUUCGUGCACUACGCAGCUGCAUUCCCCUCAUCCUUCGUUGGUCUGGUGGACACGUACAACGUACUUAAGUCGGGUUUUAACAACUUUUGUGCCGUCGCCCUUGCUCUAUGGGACUUCGGUUACAAAGCAGUCGGUGUGCGGAUUGACAGUGGUGAUCUGGCCUACCUCUCCAUGGCUGUGCGCAAAAAGUUCUCGCAAGUCGCAGAAAAAUUCAAUUUGCCUUGGUUUCGAGAUCUCAAAAUUAUCGUGAGCAAUGACCUCGACGAAGAUACCAUUCUUUCUAUAUAUCAACAGGUGAGAAAAUAUUGGGAGGUUUUUUUUACAUUUAACUGA